GCACGCUCAGCUGUCCCAGCCGCCCACGCUUGGUUUCUCUUCCCCUCUCGCCCGCCUCCCACUUUGUUCCUCUUUCGUUACUGUUGUCGUCUUGCGCGUUCACGCUAUAUGUACAACAAUAUAUUUUUUUUACCUUCGUUACUGGCAUUUGAAAAGCCAUUUCCUUGCUGUUCACUCGUUCUUAUCUUUAUCAACCCGUCGCUCUCGAAUCGAGAGCGUAGGGUUCAGGUGUAUAACAGGAGCGCACCGUUGGGUGUACAAACCUACCCCGGACCCCCUUAUAAACAAUCCUUACUUGCGGCCUUGAGCAAAUAUUCAACUGCAAGCUCUAUUUUCGCGUUUGGAACUUAAACUCUCGAGGCGUUCAUUGUGUGUGAGUUGCUGUUCUUUUCCGAGAUCUUCUCCGCCGAAUCACCCCUCAGCCCCUCUCCAACUCCUUACAUCGCACGCUAUCUAAGAAAACACACCGCCAACCGGCACACACUGCCUGGUCCCUGUGCCUCAAUUAAAGCCCCCAGGUGUACUCGACACUGCUUCUUGAGAGUUGAUAACUCCAUAAACAGCCCGCUUCAUUCAACUCAAUACCAUGCUGUGACUGCUUCUCUAACUUGUCUAGGCCCCUGAAUGGUAUUAGUCCAGUGAUAUCCGUCUCAUAGUGGCCGCCAUCAUGGCCUUCAAGAACGGACUUAGUGAACGCCUCGAUGAGCUGCGAUUUCCCUCUCCGCGAUCCCCUACCUCAGAGUCACCGUUUCCCGGAUACAAUUCGAUCUCCCCAGGCCACUCGAACCUCGUGUCAGCUUUUUCGCGGCCCUCAGGUGAUGUCCGUGCCAAUCUUCAGCGUCGUUUCACCACAGACUCUAGCAAGCUUUCGUCUUGGAGCUAUUUGAAUCAUGCUGGAAAUGCGCCUCAUAUGCCGGAUCCCUUGGAUCUAUUGUCAUCGUUUGAAAAGAAGCGUCAGCACAUCGAGUAUAUGCGGGAGCAAAAGAGGAGGUUUGAAGAAGAUAUGAAGCUACUAGACAUGCAGCAUGAGAAAGAGAAGUUAGAGAUGGACCGAAUUGCAAAGGACCUUGCCAAAGCUGGCAUAUCUGGGCCUGUCAGUGAGCCUACGACCCCUCCUGAGUAUCGGGAAAACAGCUUCUCAAGUGGGUUCACACGACCUACUCGCUUCUCAACUUCAUCUGUCACCUCAUCUCCUGGUUUCUUCAAUGUAUUUGCCCCUUCUCAGGCAGCAACUCCGCAGGGCCAGGUGAAUCCCGCCUCUGCACAAACCCCUACCAAUCGGUUCUCGGUGCAUUCUGUUCCUGGUUCUCGCAGAAACUCUGAGAAAGAAGAUUUCAGUCAAGAGCCUACAUCCCCUUUCCGUCCUGGACCUGCUAUCCAUCGUUAUUCAAUGCCAUCUGCAGGUUUUGGAUCCCAGCUCCGCCCAAACAUCUCUGGCUUUAAUAACGCCUCUGGAUUGGAGUCGUUUAACACUGCUAAGUAUCUGUUCCACAACGAGGACGAUAGAGCGACUUUGAAGGAGGAAGAUCGAAUUCCAACUCCUGACAUCAAGAGUUAUCUCAAGUUGACAGACCCCGACGACAAGUUCCCUACAUUGUCACGUAGGGACGACUCAGGAUUGCUAUCUGCAAACUCGGAUGCCUUAGACCUGGCCAAUUCUCGCACUCCAAACCCCGAAACCUGGAACUCUCAUAGCCGACAUCGCUCUUCUCAUCAAAGCAUGCCACAAAACGCUCUAAACAUGUUCCGGCUCGAGCAGCUGGGAAGCCCGACUAGCGAGAGUCAUUCUAACACACCUCGACACACUGCUCGUCACUCACUUGAGGCAAACCUUCUUUACAGUGCUGAGGGGAACCAUGAAGGUAUGACUGCAACCUCGUCAAACCGUCCAACCUCUCUGCAGUCAUCAUACUCUACAAAUGACCUCCCUACUGUAAAGGGUGAUGGAUUUGACCCUGCCAUCACACCACCAAAGACUCAUGCGGAACAUUUCCAGCAACACAAUGCCAACAUGGGCCGAAUUCCUGCAAAUGCUGUCAACACCCGCCAGCAGAAGGACUCGCCAGACCGCGAUGACCCAAACAUGCAGGGACCCCGGUCUCAGCAGACCACCCUACAGCCUAAUGCAACACCCUUUGGGCCACAACUUAGUUCGGCUGCCAGCACCAGCACUGCUGCUCCGGCUUCUUUGGCCACUUUCCAGCAGCCAUUUUAUGGUUACGGCGUCCAGCCUUACAUGGGGAAUCCCCUCCCGGUAAACGGACAACUUCAGAACUAUACUCCUGGCGCUUCUUACGGCGCAUUUCCCGGCUACGGCAAUUACCGUAUAGCUGAGGGUCCAGCAAAGGCUAUGGGAUCUCGCCGCAGCAACGGUGAAGGGGAGUCCGCCCAGCUAUCUCGCUUCACUAAUUUUCCAUUGGAUCACUAUCGUGGUGAGCUAUAUGGCCUCUGUAAAGACCAGCAUGGGUGCAGGUACUUGCAGCGGAAGUUAGAGGAGCGCAACCCGGACCAUGUCCAGAUGAUCUUUGAUGAGACGCAUGUGCAUGUUGUGGAGCUAAUGACCGAUCCUUUUGGUAAUUAUCUUUGCCAGAAGUUGCUUGAGUACUCCAAUGAUGAACAGCGUACUGCGCUGAUCAACAACGCCGCGCACCAACUUGUGAAAAUCGCACUGAAUCAACAUGGUACUAGGGCUUUACAGAAGAUGAUCGAGUUCAUAUCAACUUCUGAACAGACUCAAACCGUGAUCCACGCUUUGGAAGAUCACGUUGUGGAACUGGUUCAAGAUUUGAAUGGCAAUCAUGUCAUUCAGAAGUGCCUGAAUCGCCUCUCUGCUGAAGACGCCCAGUUCAUCUAUGAUGCUGUGGGUGCUAAUUGUGUUGUGGUAGGUACUCACCGCCAUGGAUGUUGCGUUCUUCAGCGCUGCAUUGAUCAUGCUUCUGGUGACCAGAGGGCUCGUCUAAUCGCCCAGAUCACCUCCAAUGCGUUUGCCUUGGUUCAAGAUCCUUUUGGAAACUACGUGGUGCAGUACAUUUUGGAUCUGGCCGAGCCCCAUUUCACCGAACCCCUUUGUCAGACGUUCCGUGGAAAUAUCCCCGCCUUGUCAAAGCAGAAGUUUAGCUCCAACGUUAUCGAAAAAUGUCUCCGCACUGCCGACGGCCCGGUUCGAGGCCAACUCAUCGAGGAGAUGCUCUCAGGCUGUGAGCUGGAGAAAAUGCUCCGAGAUUCCUUCGCUAACUAUGUUGUGCAAACUGCCAUGGACUUCGCGGACAGUGAGACCCGAACCCGCCUGGUCGAUGCGAUUAGACCAAUCUUGCCUUCAAUCCGUCAAACACCUCACGGUCGUCGCAUUGCUGGCAAGAUGAUGGCAGCAGAGGGUUCCGGGAGGGGAAGUGCUACAACUAGCGGACAAGUCACUCCGAACGAGAUGAAUUCGGCUCAGCUUCCUGGGCCUCUGCAAGGUAACCAGAAGCCUUUCUUGUAUCAACAUCCCUCUUUUCCCAUAGGUAGUGCCCAGUUUGGUGUUGGCUCUACGACCAAUACUCCGUCCGGGGGACCAAAUGAAAACCCCUCUGGGAUUUUCACCCCUCCAGUCCAGCACUCGAACGGCAAUCUAAGUGCUCAAGGUCAGCUGUAUGCAUACUUUUAAGCUGGUGUGAAAUAUCUUGGAUUCGCUACCUACCCAUUGAACUGUACUCAUAUUUGAAAUGAUGAUACGAUCUCUAUGACUUACGGCCAUCUUGACAUAUGUCAACGAAUUGGGAACCUGAAACAUUGAUACCACGACAGAUCUUUUAUCUUUAUGCAACUUGCAUUGCAUCUUUGGAUUCUUGACGAUACGAUGCAGUCUGAUAAAAGAUUAUACCUGCAUUGAUGUCCUGUAUUCUUUCAAGGCGUUAAAUGCUCAUGUUUAUCACAUCUUUUGACGAAUAUACCUGCCACGUCUAUUUCUUCCUUGUCGUUUCCACCUACUAACCCAGCUCUUCAACUUUAGGUUGAGCGAAGGUUGAAAUGUUUCAUACAUGUGUUUUUUUUUUUUUUUUUUUUUUUUUUUUUUU